CCACCCUCCACCAACCACUACUUCGACAACCCCAGAAGCUGGAAGAGACAUCCGGCUUGCAGGGUCGCCUGAUUUGGAGUUGGAGGGGGAGUUGUCUGUUUACACUGACUUAAUCGGAAUUGACUGGACGAGAGCGAGCUGAUUGCUGGGGAGGGGGAGAGGACUGCAUACAGCAGCGUAGAUGCACCCACCCACCAUUCUCUGUCUCUUUUUGCCCACCGCGCCGCCGUCGCCCCCCCCACAAGCCGCAGCAAAAAGCCAUGAUAAUGAUGAUGGACCCUGGCAGCGAUGGCGCAACGAGUGUUCGCGGACCAAUCGCUUCUUGUCCCCGUCUACCCACCUCGUCUCACCAUGGCCCCCCAGUCCUGAUACAUACAACGUAGGUACGUACACAGGUCAUCGCGCACCGUCUGCAUUUGCAAAUGGUUUCAAUCCAACUCGUGCCGCACGGGAUGGAUUGUGCAGUGUAUGUUCAUCCUGUGGUCUGUUGCAGCUGGAGCUACCACGCUCGCAUGCUGCGCGCAAAAAUAACGAGAAAUGAUGACGGGGGAAAACCAAAGGAGCCAUGCAAAGGCCAAUCAUCAGCGCAAUCUUUUUAGGAACUUAUCAUCUGCGCAUCCCAAUGUGGAUGAGACGGCCCUAGCUU